AUGGGAGCCAGCCAAUCUAAAAAGAAUCAACAAGCACAACAAGUUCAAACUCAACACACACCACUCCGAGAGGAACGAUCACAGAGUUUACAUUCAUCAAGUACUCCAAUUCCUGUCAAGAGACAAUCCUCAACACCUGUUGUUUCCCUGACCAUGAAACGAAAGACCUCACUUUUCACAGCAAAGAGUGCAAGCCCACCUCCAACACGAGUCCAGUCAGCAACGAGAAAUUCACCAAUAGUUUCGGCGGCUCCUGAAUGCAGAAAUGAAGAUGACUUGAUAAUUGGUACUCCACCAAAGAAAAGAAAUAGAUCCUUCUCCAUGCCAUAUAAAGUUGUUCCACUGAAUGUGAGUAGUGAAGAAUCCAUGUGGAGAGAAUUAAGGAAUGCUAAUAAUGGUGAAAUGCCAACUCGAUGCCAAUCAGCACAUUCAAUGCCACAAAGCCCAAUCUUACCAACUAGUCCAACAAGCCCAGAAGGUCGUCUUCUUCGACGAUUGUCAAAAGCUCACUCUAAGAGUGAACAAGAUUUACCAUCCAUUCUCGUCACACCACCUAAAGAGAUCUCCAAUUUGGAACACUUAUCACCUUCACAACGAAAGAAAUGUCUAGCCAAAAGUCCAACAGUUUUAUCUGGUCUGAAAACGCCGUACAUUAUCGAAACUGGUGAAAAUCUUCCAAAAUCUCCAAUUUUUGCUAAGGGUGUUUUAAUUAAUGCUUAG